UUAAAUUUGUUGAUGAAAAAAAAAAACAAAAAUAAAUAGUAAAAUGUCAGCUUUAAAUUGUGGAAAUUCCACUCGAAUAAAUAUUGAUAUGGUACGUCAAGCAGUUGAGAAAUUACAGAUGAAUCGAGCAGUAGUGACUCUUAUGAUGAUUGCUGAACACUUGAAACGAUUUUAUCCAAUUGAAAGAAAUAUCGAUAUACUUAAAAUUGAAUUGAAGGACAAACUUGAUCAUGCUGUUUCUAUUGGUUUAUUAUCAAGAUGCAGUCGUGAUGGUUAUUGUCUCUCAACAUUUAGACACGAGGCUUACAAUCAAAAAAGUGAUUUAACAUCAUUCUGGGAACGUUAUUAUAAAAAACGUCCUGGUCGUCGUUUAAGAUCAAUGAAUGCACAAUCUAAAAAAAAAACAGAAUCACCAAAUCAGUAUCAAUAUUGUAGUGAUGAUUCCAGUGAUGAUUACAGUGAUAACGAUGAUUUUUAAAAAUUAUAAAUUAAAAUGUUUAUUAUAUCUUCUACACAGCUUGAU